UGAGCAGAGCUCCAUGUCGUCUAGCCGGACACAGCAGACACACGCAUUCAAUUGGAUCUGUGAUCACUUAGAGGAACACCCAGAGACCUCCCUUCCCAAACAGGAGGUCUACGAUGAGUACAAGAGCUACUGUGACAAUCUGGGCUAUCACCCUCUUAGCGCGGCCGACUUCGGAAAGAUCAUGAAGAAUGUUUUUCCCAACAUGAAGGCACGUCGACUCGGCAUGAGAGGGAAAUCAAAGUACUGCUAUAGUGGACUGAGGAAGAAGGCUUUCGUUCACAUGCCCUCAUUGCCCAAUCUUGAUCUGCAUAAGACAGGUGAAGGGUGUGAGAUACUGGAGAGCUCGGGGCCUCUCUCUAGUGUGGAGGAUGAAGUUCGCUCUGCAGCCUGUGGUUUAGUGUGCGAGUGGGCCCAGAAAGUGCUGAGUAGGCAGUUUGAGAGUGUGGAGGACUUGGCUCGCUUCCUCAUUAAUAGCCACUACACUGGCAACAAGUCCGUGGCUGCCCUCACUGUAAUGACUGGGUCCCCUGCAGGGAGUAAGAUGCCCAUGCCGUCUUCAGCAUUCAUGCCCACCGCUGAAGCCCAUCCGUUCCAACCUCAGGUGAAGACUUUACCUUCGCCCUCUGUGGACGCUAAACAGCAGCUCCAGAGAAAGAUCCAAAAGAGACAGCAGGAGCAGAAGCUGCACUCUCCACUGCCUGGUGAUGCCCAGGCCAGGAGGGCAGAUGGUGGCACGCCUGGCGCUGGGACGGGCAUUCCUUGUGGCAGCCCCGCCCUUCUCUCUCCGCAACCCACCAUUGGCAUUGUUGUUGCGGCUGUGCCCAGCCCCAUCACGGUCCAAAGGAGCAGGCAACCAAUGACGUCUCCCAGUCCUGUGCCUAUGGGCACAGCAGAGGGUAAAGUCCUUCCUGUCAACUUUCAGGUUGUCACCCAGCCGGUACAACCAGUCAAACAAUGCCCCAAGACCCCGCAGAACGUCCCCGCCAGUCCCGUUGGGGACCGCUCUGCCCGUCAUCGCUAUGCCCAAAUCUUGCCCAAACCUUCGGCGGCUAACGCCAUCACUCUGCGUUCUCCAUCCACCCUCCUCAUCACCAACAGCCCCAUUAAGACCGUUAUGCCCACCUCACACGUCAGCUCUGUCAACGUGGUCAAAAUGACCACCAUUUCUCUCGGGCCUGGCAACAGCAGUAACAGCACUGCCACUACAACCACUACCAGCAGCACCAUCCGGCCCGCCUCUGCCGGUCUGAGCAGCACCAGCCAGGGCGAUGAGCCCACGCCCACUCCACGGGUUCGCAGUGGGUCCGUUGCCUCGCUUCAGUCUCCUGUGGCCAGGGGACGAAGCACUACAACUCUAACUACUGAAGUCAAGAUGGAUGCCGAAGCCAUGCCGGAGGGUGGUCAGGCCAUGAGUGCCAUAGGGAGACUGACUGUCACUCAGGAAGCAGCAGGGAUACAGCAAAAGGCGGAAAAAGUAGGAAGCAAACCCCGGGCUGCCAGUGUGCCCACGCCUCUUGCCAAGGGCUCCCCAGGACAGGAUACACUACCAGGGACCAAAUGUAAUGGGAGGACCCUCCCUGUAGGUACCACUGUGGCUGCUGGCAGCAAUAAUAAUACCAACACUAACAAAAGCACUUUGUCCCCAGGCGUUUCCAAUCAGAUCACCAGCAGCACUCCACCAACUAGUAGCAGCACAGCAGUAACAAUACCCACAGAGGGUGGACUGACAUCAAAGAGCCCACGCAAACGCCUGGGUAUGAGCCCUGACUCUAGUGCAGCUCCAGUCAAAAAGGUGUGUAUUUCCCAGUCACCCUCUGGGGCACCUGAAGGUCUAAAGCCUUUCGUUGGGACUGGCGUGAAGAAGAUUCCCAGUUCAGGGGCUCCUGUUAGACCUGAGAGCGCACCUGCCAUGUCUGCAGGCAAAGUUACUGUGAAACUCAACUCCACCGUUCCCACACGCAUCCUGGCACAUUCAGAAUCUCCGGCUGGGAAUACUGGCUUCCAGACUGUUGUCAGACCACGGAGUGUCUCACAGGGGAGAUGGGAAGGAAUUUCCUCUAGCGUGGAUGGGAAGGCUACCGUCACACGUACCGUUAGUGCUCCUCCUGGCCAGGUUUUGCUUCAGCAACAUGUCGCCAAAACUCAACAAGUCAUGUCCACUGGUUCUGGCCCGCAGGGCCCUUCAGCAGCUGGUGAUUUGAAGAGUACCGCAUGGGGUAAUCCACAGCAACAGCAGCAGAUCUAUGGCCAGCAGGUGGCAGCAGAGCACAAGCAGAUUCCCACCUCAAUGAUGGAGCCUCUCCCAGUGAUAAACCAGGCCUCAUCUUCCAACCAGGUGACACACACACACACAAAUGUUGUGGAAUAUGGUGCCUCCCAGACCAACAUGGGUUACCUCCCCUUUAACGAUGAUGACAUGACCCAGGAUAGUAUAGUGGAGGAGUUAGUUCAAAUGGAGGAACAGAUGAAGAUGAACCGGGGCAUGCAAACCUUUAGCGGUUGUUUGGAUGUCCCACUGCAAGGUCAGCAGACGCCUAUGCAGAACACCAUGAUGUCCAGUCACCAGACUAACACCCCAUACUACAACUCAGCACACAGCAGCAGCACCCCCAUCCACACUCCUACUCCAACACCAACACCCACCCCCACCUCUGAGAUGAUGGGAGGCGGUCAGGGAUUGACCAGGGAGAGCCCUUGCUCACGUGUGGCCCCUACCACUCCUGUGGACAGUGCUUUGGGUAGCAGCCGUCAGACUCCGAUUGGCACACCUCAUUCCAAUUGCAGCAGCAGCGUUCCACCCAGCCCUGUGGAGUGCAGGAACCCGUUUGCCUUCACCCCUAUCAAUUCGAAUAUCACUGGCUAUCACGACGGCAGCAUUGUGUCCUCCAGCCCUGUCAAACCGAUGCAGAGGCCCAUGGCCACACACCCAGAUAAAACCAAGCUUGAGUGGAUGAAUAAUGGGUACAACAAUGGUGGGGGCAGCUCCUCUAAUAACGGCAUUAGCAUUCUCCCCAGCUACCAGGAUCUGGUGGAUGACCACUUCCGGAAACCCCAUGCCUUUGCAAUUCCGGGUCAGUCUCACCAGUCACAGGCCAGACAUCAUGAUACACAUAUCAGUCGGCUUACACCCAUCUCCCCAGUCCAACAGCAAGUCAACAGUAUGGCCAACCUUAAUAAGCAAGAAGGUUUUGCUGUUCCUGCACCUCUGGAUAACAAAUCAAGCACUUCGUCCACAAAUUCAGGAACUUUCCGUUGCCGUAGCGUUAGCCCUGCUGUAAGACAACGCAACCUGAGUGGGAGUCAGCAUCCCCACAUCCCACGUUCUGUGGUCUCACCCUUUAACUCCCCAGUAACCCCUGAGGUGCUGAAUAUCUUUGCCAACAGCCAUGUGGACACAAGCGCCAGCAGCAUGGCCCAGAGGAGCCAAUCGGUGCCGCUCAAUGUGAUGAUGCAGACAGAGGUUCUACCCAUGCAAGCUGGGCAGCAGAGCAACAGCAAGAAGAUUACUAGUGUCCUCCUCAGUAAGAUGGAUGGGGAUGGAGACGACUCUGUAAGAGGCCUGGGCAUCAACAACAUGCCAUCCAACUACACAGCCCGGAUGAACCUCACCCAAAUCCUGGAGACUGCCCCAUCCAGCUUCCCUGGCAGUGGCAAUCACCAGGCCGUAAUCUCACCAGGUCCCUCGGCAUAUGAGUUUCAGAAGCCUGGGUACCUCAUGAAAAAUCCCAGAGUGGAGCAGAUGAGCUUUUCAGCAGGGGAAGGCAAAGCACAAUCAGGCACUGGAGAGCAGCAGCAGUUAACGCAGCAACAACAACAGUUAGCGGAGCAGCAGAUGCAGUUAGCACAGCGACAGCAGCUAACAGGCCAACAGUUAAUGCAACAGCAACACCAGUUAGCAGAGCAACAGCUAGCACAGCAACAGCAGCAGUUGGUACAGCAGCGGUUGGCUGAACAACAACAACAACAACAACAACAACAGCAGCAGCAGCAGCAGCAGCAGCAGCAGCUCUCUGAACAGCAUCAGCAAAAUCAGGCUUUGCUUUUGCCUCAGCAAAACCUCCAGCAACACCAGCAUCAGCAAACGUUGAACUUUAACAACACUGUCGGUGACCUCUUGGGCAGUGAGGGCCUGAACACAGGUUCUCAGCUUGUGGGCCAGGUGUCAGAACUGAACUCUGUGGGUACGGAUUUCCCUAAUGAUAUGCGAUUGACCUCAGAGCUUUCUAGUAGCAUCAACGACCUAAAUACUUUGGACACAAACCUUCUGUUUGACCCCAGUCAGCAGCAAGGGCAGUAUGAAGACUCAACACUGGAGGAACUGAAGAACGACCCACUUUUUCAACAGAUUUGCAGCGAGACUGUAAAUUCUGCUGGCUUUGACUGGUUGGAGAGUAAAGACCAGACAACGGUGGAAAUGUUGGGUUAA